CCCGGGAGGAAGAGGAAGGACGCAACCUACAGGGUGAACUGGGAGGUGGUGUCCAUCUUAUUUACACCGGUGUGAUUGCUACAUUUUUGAUCUUUAGGAUUUUUGAAGGACUAUAAAAGUUGAAAUCCGGGUCUUCAGAGAUGAGCAGUUCAGAAGAAGUGUCAUGGAUCUCCUGGUUCUGUGGACUGAGGGGGAAUGAGUUCUUCUGUGAAGUGGAUGAAGACUACAUCCAGGACAAGUUUAAUCUCACUGGCCUCAAUGAGCAGGUUCCACACUACCGCCAGGCCCUCGACAUGAUCCUGGACCUCGAGCCAGAUGAGGAGCUGGAGGACAAUCCCAACCAGAGUGACCUGAUCGAGCAGGCAGCUGAGAUGCUGUAUGGCCUCAUCCACGCCCGCUACAUCCUCACCAAUCGAGGCAUCGCACAGAUGUUGGAGAAGUAUCAACAGGGAGAUUUUGGCUACUGCCCCCGAGUCUAUUGUGAGAAUCAGCCAAUGCUUCCUAUCGGUCUGUCAGACAUCCCCGGAGAGGCCAUGGUAAAGCUGUACUGUCCUAAAUGUAUGGACGUCUACACGCCCAAAUCCUCAAGGCACCACCACACAGAUGGAGCCUAUUUUGGCACCGGCUUCCCCCACAUGCUCUUCAUGGUUCACCCUGAGUACAGGCCCAAGAGGCCCGCCAAUCAGUUUGUCCCAAGGCUGUACGGGUUCAAGAUCCACCCCAUGGCCUACCAGCUGCAGCUGCAAGCCGCCUCCAGCUUCAAGAGCCCUGUCAAGGCCAUCCGCUAGAGCGGCCCGCACCGGGAGGAAGACGAGGAGGAAGAUCAGUCGAGAAAGAGGACGAAGACGGGAAAGAAUUAUCACCAGAUGGGGAGGGGUCACCUGCAUUCUACACAGCUUUUCAGGUGCCCCCUCCCCACCCGGAAGACUGUAUUAUUUUGGUUUAGAUUGGGGCAAAUGAAAAAACAAAUCAAGAGUGUGAGCGAGAGAGAAAAACGCACAGCCAUGAUAUAUAAAUCGCAAGCCAACACACACGUGCACCCGUACAUUUAUCAACACGUAGAUCCACACACGUGGGAUUCCACACACGUACCUUACCAAACUCAUCAGUGCCAAAAACAGGAGGACAAGGUGAGCGGAAGCUGAACAAUCCUGGCCUCCACGCUGCUGCUGUUCACUCUGCUGUCCGAACCGGUGGGUGACGCUACGAGGAGCUUCGCCCCGUAGAGAAGCUUUUAUGUUCAGGUCUGAGUGAAUCAAAGCGUUUGUUUAUUCUGUAUUUGGCACAGUUUGGUAAAGGGUGGUGGCAAACCCUCCAUCAUUUGAAGCCUCCUGUCCCCACUAGCAAAGAACCCCCCCCCGCCCCUUCAAACACCCCCCCUCCCCUGCACCUCCCUAGAUGCAUGUACAGACUGGCACCCGCAGAGACAGUUUGGACUGUGUGUUUUCCUGCAUCACUCGGCAGGUAUUGCGGCGCUGUUGAACGAAGCGUUCUGUUAAAUUUGCCUUAAGAUUAAAAAAAAAAAAUAGAUUUUUUGUAUUUUAAGGGGCACAAGCCGCAGUACUUUUUUUUUUUUUUUCCCUGUACGAGGCAGCAAGGUAGAAACAGCUGAAGCAAACACAAACUCUCAACGUUUAAUUGUAAUCAGCCCGCUUCAUUUCUCCAGCUGCCUGUGCGUGUGUCAAACAUCUGUGCGUAUCGGUACCGAAGUGAAAAAUAAACUGUCCUCCAUUUUUCUGAGACGUUCCCCGUAGCUUCAUCUUGAAAUCGUUUUGACAUUUUGGGAAAGCUUUCCGGUGGGUGAUGAUGUGAAGCCGCCACCAGCGGAUGGUUAGUUUCACUUGAGCGGAAAUGGUUUCCAGUUCUUUCCAAGCAUCCCACAAUCCUCCUGCCAACACACUUCAAACCCACUAAUCAACCAAUUGGAUCUUGUUGGUGUUUUUGCCAAACUGAAUCCUUUUUGAAUCCUCGGCAUACUAAAUGGUGAAGCGGUGUUCCUGUCUAGAACCGUCUUCACACCGUCUGCAGGCAAACAAGCUGGUCAUUAUUGAGCUUCGGAGGUGUUUGUAGGCAGAUUUUAUUCCCGUCGGACCGAGCCACAAUGGCCGCUUCCCCGUUUGCAGUGUUUUUAGUUCAGCCGACCUGCAGCUGGUUGCAGCUUCUUAUCAAGCGCACAGAUACAAGGAAAUGUGUCCCGAAAUGUCAAAGCAUCCGUGUACAAAUUCAGGAGGCAACCCGGUGAAAGAGGAAUUUCGACAAUCUGAAUCCUUCAGCUCACUCCACCACUGCACUGACCCCCCCUGGUGUCUCCCCACAGCAGUCUUGUUAUUUAUGUUCCGCUUUAGAGACAGACCGACCAGCCGCUUACUCCUUUGUUUCUGAAGCAGUGGGACAGACGCUCAGCUGUCCCGUCCUCCUUCCCCUCUUUUACGUUUGUGUGACUGGAAUAGAUAGUUUUUGGAUUUCAUGAUACAAGAGAAACGGUAUUUAUGUGUCCAGAUUUUAACUGAUGUUUGUGUUGUCUUUCUGCUACUGUGGAAGGGUGAGCAGGAUUCAGACUUCUCAAUAAACUUCUAUUUUCUUUUCAUAA